UUUUGAUUUCGUGGUUACUGUAAGUUUUUGGAAUGUUCAGUCUGAUGUGACUGAUUCCUAAGAAGGAGAUGUUUAGAAUGUGUUCUGAGAUCCGUCCAGAGCUCUGUCUGGUGCAGGGUAUUUAAGAAGAUAACCUCUAUUACUGUAGUUUAUAAACAUGGUGUAAUAUCCUCAUAUUCAGUUGGAGAUUGGUGAAUGUACGGCAAAUGAAAGACAUCAUGGUUGGUAGAGAAAGUCUGGAAGAGGAUCAUAGUAUUUAAACCUUUAAGCACUCAGAUCCUCUCUGUCAGCAACAUUAGUCUGUUCUGCUUCCUGCAGUUGCUCAGGGGUCUGACUCAGAGGUAUUAGAGCCAUCUAAUGCCUCUACACCUCCAGUAACGUGCAUCUGCCAGGCUGAGAGGACGUUAGCACCAUGAUCAAGCUUAAAGCCAGGAGGCAAAGCCUUUUCCCCAACUAUAAACUUGGGGUCACAGCCCCUGCUCCCAAGGAUCCAGAGGACUCUGAGCUUCCUUUUGGCCAGCACAACUGGGUGAAACCAUGGAAUUCGAUGCAGGAAUUAAGUAAGGAUAUUUAUGACAUCUACGCAGAGUAUGAAGAGGAUGAAGAGGAUAGACUGCUGUCCACCCCUAGUAAAAUGUCCUCUCUAACUAAGAACUACAUGCUCAACAUCAAUGUAGGAGGCAAGGUCUACCAGAUCUCUUACAGAGUAGCAGCAAAAUAUCCCAAGACAAGAAUUGGCCGUCUUGCAACAUAUACAGACCACAACAGGAAACUUGACCUCUGUGAUGAUUACACUGUCCAGAAUAAUGAGUUUUUCUUUGACAGGGAUCCAGACAUCUUCCACAGCAUCUUUAACUUCUAUAGGACUGGAGUUCUCUGGAUUAAAGAUGAAUUGUGCCCACGCAAUUUCUUGGAGGAGAUCAACUACUGGGGUGUUCGUAUCAAGAACACUCAUCGCUGCUGCCGCAUUUCAUUCGAGGAACGGCAAGAUGAACUUAACGAACAGCUGAAGGUGCAAAGGGAACUUGAGGCAGAGGUGGAAACUGAGGAACAUGAGGACCUGUUCCAGGAUAUGGCUUUUGGUCAUACACGUUUCCUCAUUUGGAACUUGAUGGAGAAGCCCUUCUCAUCGGUCACAGCCAAGUUAAUGGCAGUAGCAUCCAGUUUCUUUGUGCUGGUAUCUCUUGUGGCUAUGACACUCAAUACGGUAGAGGAAAUGCAGUAUAAGACAACCGCUGGCCAGCUGAGUGGGAAGACCUACUGUGAGUAUGUUGAGACUUUCUGCAUUGCGUUUUUUACCAUGGAAUAUCUGCUCCGGCUUGUGUCCACACCAGACCUCAAACACUUUGGAAGAAGCGUGCUGAAUGCUGUGGACCUGAUUGCAAUCUUUCCAUUAUAUCUUCAGAUGGUCCUAGAGAGUUUUGAAAGUGAACACCAGGGGAAACAUGGUAGCGAUAUUGAGACUGUAGGACGGGUUGGUAAAGUGGGGCAAGUUCUCCGCAUCAUGCGACUUAUGAGAAUAUUUCGUAUCCUAAAACUAGCGCGUCACUCUACUGGACUUCGAGCCUUCGGCUUCACACUCCGGCAAUGUUACCAACAAGUGGGAUGUCUUUUCCUCUUCAUUGCGAUGGGAAUUUUCACCUUCUCUGCCAUGGUGUAUACUGUGGAGCAUGAUGUACAUCAAACAAACUUCACCAGCAUUCCACAUGCUUGGUGGUGGGCAGCUGUGAGCAUCUCCACUGUGGGCUAUGGCGAUAUGUUUCCAGAGACUCAUCUGGGCAGGAUUUUUGCAUUUGCGUGCAUCUCGUUUGGAAUUAUUCUCAACGGCAUGCCAAUCUCCAUCCUGUUCAAUAAAUUCUCAGACUACUAUUCAAAGCUGAAAGCCUAUGAAUACACCUCCACUAUAAAGAAUCGCGGAAAAGUGAGGUUUGUGAAAAGGGCUGCAAAGACUGUUGCAGAUUGUUUUUAGGGUGCGACACACUGACCUACUCUUUCCUCCCACGGAUUGAUUUUUAAUUCAUGGAAUUAAAACCAGCACAUCUAAGUAACUGUCUUCAAACAAAUUAGCCAUUGCUAACUGUAUAGAAACCGUGUUGUUUGUGCUACUGGGAUACAUUUAUAUUGGAAAAACUUUUGCACUAUACACAAAAGUCAGCCCUUUUAAGCCUUUUUUUAUGCUGAAUCAAUGCAUUUAGGCAGCUCUAACAGGUAAUGAUGCAGUUAAUAAAAAACUCUUUUUGGAACACCAAUUUAAUGGUCAGUGAUCAACUUUUAAAAAACAUUUGAUUUUUACCUUGCCAUAAGUAAUAGUAAAGAAAAAAAAAGCUAAAAAUGUUUUUAUUUAUUUAUAUAUGGGCUAAGGGCAAUGCUGAGACAAAUAAUCCAGUGUCGACAAACUGCUUCAUAUAAUCAUUUGAAGGUUUUAACAUCUGGCCAAGCACAAGCUCAGCACCAGUACUUUUUACAAUCUUCUACAGGCAUUUGUGCAAGUGUCAAUCAAGGAAAGCCGAUUUAUGAUUUAUAUCAACUAGUUUCCUCUGGAAGCACUCUGAGCUGGGCAGAUUGGAAAAAGAUCUAUAAGGUUAACUGCUGUAUUGGCAGGGCUAUUUUAUGACUUACAACCAAUUUACAGACGUUAACCUGUUAAAAUGAAUUCAGAGCAGACAUCCUCACUACAGUAGCUAGGCAUUGUAUGUGACUUACAAUUACAAAAACUUGUUGACUUAAUAAAGAGUGGCCAUUGUGACGUCUAUAAGAAUGCAGAGAACAAGAAUGUAAUUAAAUCUGAAAAGCAUGCUCAUGCAAACAUUGAUAAUCCUUGAAAGAUUAAUCCUUGAGGAUCAUUGAAGUCCCAAGGACAGAUGGAAGUAGAGCAGGGAAACAAAAUUAAUUUAAGCAUGCAUGCCUUCAUACUCAAAGCUAAAGCUACUAUAUAUAUAUAUAUAUAUACACAUCUAUAUAUAUAUUUUUUUUCCUUUUUAUAUUUUACACAGAAAUCUCGCAAAAAAAACAAACAAA